AAGCAAAAAAAAAAAAAAAAGGGAUUCCAUCUACAGUUCCCUUUGUCGUUCAGGGCAGACCACACAAGCUUUACCUUUUGCCACAUAUAUCUCUUGUUUUUGUGAAAGCUCCAUCAAUGAGCCCCGUACCCCCAAAUUUUCUCUCCAUUUCUUAACUUCAUUUCCAUGUCUUGGUGAGUCUCUUCUCUUUUAGUCUUCAUUAUUUUUUCAAUGUUUACAAGUGUUAAUGGCUUGUUUAGUUUCAAAUCCUUGGAUGCAAUUGAUUUUCUGAGCUGGGGAUUAUUAAAAGACUAAACUUUUUAUGGUAAAGCUUUUUUUUUUGAAGAUCCAAGUUUGGUUUUUGAGUAGGUAUUAAAAGACCCUUUAUUGAAAUUUCCAUGGAUACUUUACUUAGAACACAUAGCAAGCUUGAAUUUUCAGUUUUACUCCACGGGUUUUCAGAAAAAGCUUGUAAAACCAACCAAGAAGUUAAGUUUGUUCCUAAGAAAAGAAGAGUCCCUAAUGGUUGUGUUAAGGUUAAGGCAAGUAGUAGUGCUCUUUUAGAGUUAGUCCCUGAAACUAAAAAGGAAAAUUUAGAAUAUGAACUUCCUAUGUUUGAUCCAUCAAAAGGUGCUGUUGUGGAUUUAGCUGUUGUUGGUGGUGGUCCUGCUGGUUUAGCUGUUGCUCAACAAGUUUCACAAGCAGGACUUUCAGUUUGUUCAAUUGAUCCAUCACCAAAAUUGAUUUGGCCUAAUAAUUAUGGUGUUUGGGUUGAUGAAUUUGAAGCUAUGGAUUUGCUUGAUUGUCUUGAUACAACCUGGUCUGGUGCUGUUGUGUAUAUUGAUGAUGGAAAAAAGAAAGAUCUUGAUAGACCUUAUGGAAGGGUUAAUAGGAAACAGCUUAAGUCGAAAAUGCUGUUAAAGUGUAUAUCUAAUGGUGUGAAAUUCCAUCAAGCAAAGGUUAUUAAGGUUAUUCAUGAGGAAUCAAAGUCUUUAUUGAUUUGUAAUGACGGUGUUACGGUUCAAGCUACUGUUGUUCUUGAUGCUACUGGAUUCUCGAGGUGUCUUGUUCAAUAUGAUAAGCCAUAUAAUCCGGGGUAUCAAAUGGCUUAUGGAAUUUUAGCUGAGGUUGAAGAACAUCCUUUUGAUGUUGAAAAGAUGGUUUUUAUGGAUUGGAGAGAUUCGCAUCUUUCCGAUAGUAAGGAGUUGAAGGAGAGAAAUAGUAGAAUUCCCACGUUUCUUUAUGCGAUGCCCUUCUCGUCAAACCGAAUAUUUCUCGAGGAAACUUCUCUAGUUGCUCGACCAGGCUUGCCUAUGGAUGAUAUCAAGGAAAGAAUGGUAGCUAGGUUAAAGCACCUAGGAAUAAAAGUUAAGAGCAUCGAAGAGGACGAGCAUUGCGUCAUUCCAAUGGGCGGUCCCCUUCCGGUUUUACCCCAAAGAGUUGUGGGAAUUGGCGGAACAGCGGGAAUGGUGCACCCGUCGACGGGUUACAUGGUUGCAAGAACACUAGCAGCUGCUCCAAUCGUUGCGGAUGCUAUCGUCCGGUGCCUUGAUCCGGGAAAGAACUUGAUGGGAAACAAAUUGUCUACUGAAGUAUGGAGAGAUUUAUGGCCAAUACAAAGAAGGAGACAAAGGGAAUUCUUCUGUUUCGGGAUGGAUAUUCUACUUAAGCUCGAUUUACCAGCAACGAGAAGGUUUUUUGAUGCGUUUUUCGAUUUGGAACCUCAUUAUUGGCAUGGAUUCUUGUCAUCUAGAUUGUUUCUCCCAGAACUCAUAACUUUUGGGCUAUCACUGUUCUAUCAUGCCUCUAAUACCUCUAGGUUAGAGAUUAUGGGUAAGGGAACUGUUCCUUUGGUCAACAUGAUCAAUAAUUUAGUGAAGGAUAGAGAGUAAGAUGAUCAAAAGGUAAUCCAUUUAUUGCAUGCUUUAAGUUUGUUGAUGGGGUUGCAUAUCAUUAUAUAGUUGAAUUAUGAGAAUGAAAGAACACUGUAAUUUAUUCUUCAUUCAUGUACACAAACAUGUUUGUUCUAUCAAGCGGACUACUGCAUUUUACUCCAAA